AUGAGAGCCAUCAGCGGGCCCAAUGGCUUCCAGACAAGUUUCGUGACAGUAGAACUCAGCGGGGCGUCUGUGGUGGUCGCUUUGACGUUAUCGUCCAGCUCGCGAUACUCCACAAUAGCCGGCCGGAGAGGGCCCGAUUUGCCACGCGAGUUCAUCGGUUCUAUCAGCGAGCUGGGCAUAAACCUGAGCAUCUACAAGAAAAUGCCCGUCGCAAAGGGAACCAUCCUCGUCACGGGGGCCAACGGUGGCCUCGGCAGUGCCAUAGCAGAACAGAUCGCUUCCAAGGCCGAGCUUUCCGCCUACCACGGGCUCUACACCGUCCGCGACGCGGAACACGCGCCGGCGCUCACCUCCGCACGACGUCUUGUCCCUCGGUCUGACGAAGCUCGAUAA